AUGCGUCUUCUGAACACCAAAAAAUUCGUCAUCGAGUCCUUCCCAAGCCCAGCAAGACCAGAAAUUCCUGACUACGUUAUCCUCUCCCACAGAUGGAGGGACCAGGAAAUCACGUUCGAGGAUUUCCGUGAAGCAGGCGGCAACCUUGACAAACUGAAAGUCAUUGAAGGCUUUGAUAAAAUUCUAAACUGCUGCGAAAAGGCGAGUUCCGUCGGAUUCGAAUAUGUAUGGAUCGACACCUGCUGCAUCAAUAAGAAUGAUCAAGUCGAGUUGACCGAGGCGCUCAAUUCCAUGUUCCAUUGGUACCGAAGGGCGCAGGUGUGCUACGCAUACAUGUCUGACGUGCCGAGCAACGAGGAUCCGCUUGCCGAGGGCUCCAAAUUCCGACAGAGCAAGUGGUUCACUCGUGGCUGGACGCUUCAGGAACUGGUCGCGCCGCAGUAUGUGACAUUCUUCGGGAGCGACUGGGAAGAAAUCGGGACGAAAUCUAGCUUCCAGGACCUCAUCACCGGCAUCACCGGGAUCCCUGCCCAGGUCCUCUUGACGAAUCAGGCGCGAGAUAUCAGUGUAGCUCAGAGAAUGUCGUGGGCUGCGAAAAGGGAAACGGCCAAGGUUGAGGACUUGGCUUAUUGUCUCUUGGGGUUGUUCAAUCUGAAUAUGACAAUGGCCUAUGGGGAAGGGGCCAACGCCUUCCGACGUCUCCAGCUCGAGAUCAUGAAGGUUUCAGAUGACCAGACUAUAUUUGCUUGGACUGGUCCUGGAAAGGGUCCUCAUGAGACGAGAGGCCUCCUUGCCGAGUCACCGCGGGAAUUCGAGCAUUGCGCUGAUGUGAGCAGAUAUGGUGACAGCCCAGCGUUUGCUAUGACCAACAAAGGUAUUAACAUGAAGCUCCCUCUCAUCCCGCAGAAUGACGAGACCUUCUUGGGCGUUCUGAGCUGUCAGCGCAAUAAGGAGUACUCGCACCCAGAUCAGUAUCCCAUGGGGAUAUAUUUGCACAGGCCUGACAAGAGGUACCCCACCAGCUACGUUCGCGUGAGUCCUUGGAAGACGGAGGAGAUCAGAGAAGAUGUUUCGAGGUAUGAGAGCAAGGAGAUCUAUGUCCGGGAAAAUGUUCGGGAGGAUCCCACGAGGUUCGACGUGUCAGACUGGUAUCAACCGGAAUCGGAUUACAGGUUCUUCUUCACCAUCAAACGACGCGAACACGCCCUCCCCGAGGUCCAACACACCGACCUCGACACGGGAUCCGAAUGGGUCGUCAAAAAAGAAGAAAUCAGCCUCACCUUCCCGCGCUCAGGCCACAAUUCGAUCCUCGUCUUCAAGUCGACCGACCACCGCAUCUUGGCCAUCUGCCUCGGCGUGCACAACUAUAGCGUGUGGGGCGCCAUGGACAUGUUCCCGCAUGCAAAUAUCAAGAAGAUCGCGUGGGAUUACUGGGACGGCAAGAUGGACAUGCAGAGAUGGGCCAACAAAGACCGUCUCAGUCUGGACUUGGGCAAGGGCGAGGUGGCCACUCUGGCCAUCAGGAAGGGAAUGCGGGACUCCAAGAGGGCCUACCUGAUCGGCAUUGACGCCGGGCAGAACUUCUGGCUCGACAAGCUGGGCCCAGGCAAUUUCCCCGGCUGGUGGGAUAUGGAGAACGAUCGGAAAGCCGACGUCGUCCCGGUAUUCGACGACGCCGACGACUGA